AUGAAAUUUUUCUAUUAUAAUUUAUAUCUUAAAAAUCCAGACAGUAAAGCACUGAUGAUAUCAAAAGAAGUGCACUUCCAUGAUCUGGUACUACUUCCAGAAGAAGUCGUGGAAUUAUUGAAGUUGAUUCUCUCCCUUCAUCCAAUUGGUCACAUCGAGACAUUUAAAGAAAAAGAUACAAAUGAUACAUUGGUUGGAAGGAAAAUUUUGGAUAUCAAAGAAGCUUUGUAUUGUCAUGUCAUUCUGAACCUGAAAGAUACAACUAUGUUUCACUCUUCACCAAUUAGCACAUUUGAUUUGAAAACACGAGCUCCUGUCAAACUUGCAUUUUCUGUCGAACCAUACUUGGUUGUUCGCUUUAUUUUUCAUAGAAUUGGUUUCGAUUACAAAGCUGUUGAAAUUUUUGUAAGGAACUUUAUUUCCAUCCUUAAAAGACUUGGUUUGAAGAAAGAAGUUCCCGAAUUUAAUUGCCUUCAUUCUAGACAACCAUUUUACGAUUUGGAUCGUUACUUAACGUCCAAUUUCGCACCACUUUCUGAAUUUUGGAGUAAAAAGCUAAAGAAAGGAAUAACUAAAGCAUCCUUCGCUGAUAUCACUAUCAAACCUAUACUUAAAAAGUCCGGUGAACUAUUUCAUUAUUCAUAUCUCUCAUUUACAAAAUUCACCAGCGGAAAGAUAAUAAAUAUGGCAGCUCAGAAGAACAUCUCGUUGAUAGGUCCCAUUAUCUCAGUUUAUCAACUUAUGUUAUCUUUUCACUCCAAAUCAAAAUAUGUCACCAUUCUGACUGAAACAGACCUCAGGAAGAAAAUUACAGGAGCUGACAAUUUGGUGGAGUCUAUGACAAACCUUGUACCAUUAACUGCUAAGAUACCAAUCAAGAACGACCAGACCGUGGAAAGGUUUUUGGUGGAAAAUGAAGUUCUAAUACAAGAAUGUAUAUCAAUGUGCAUUUCCUUUUACAGUCAUUUGUGA